GUGCAUCCACAUGUGACACCCAGUGCAGCUCUACAGCAGAACUGGACGGCGUCUUGUCAAAGUUCAGAUCUGCCAAAUGCCCAAGGUCUGGUGCCAGAGCAGCCUCGAUCAAGUACUUUAUCAUCCACUGCUCUGACACUGCAGCCAGCGAAACCCGUUAGCCACUGGAUGACAUCAACCUCCCUGUGCGAAGCAACAUAUAAGAAGGAUGCAGUCAAAACUCAGCAAGAGCUUGGAGAACUCCAGAACGGUUUGUUACACCCUCCAUUCAAUAAUGUUUCGGCUCGGGAACGGGAACAUCCUGACUCGGAUCUUAAUUGGAGCACUGGAGAACAGCACUCUAACAAGAGAACCGCUGGUCUAACUACUUCUGUGGACAUGAAAGAAGUAUCUAGAGUUGGAAAUUCUUCCUUUGCUUCUGGAAAUGCUUCUCAAGCUACCCCAAACACCUCGCUGGGAGGAGCAAUGCAGGCAACACCGUUCAAAGUGCAACCUUCACCUACAGUUCAUACGAAGGAAGCGUUGGGAUUUCUCAUGGAUAUGUUUCAAACACCCAUCUUGCCUGAACCAUCUCCUCUUGAAGAAAGCGAGGAGCAAUUUGAAGUCUUUUGCAGAAAAAGUGAGCCUGAUGGAAGUCUGAAAGCUAAUGUUGUUGCCCCUGUCGUGCCUGCAUUUUCUAUCUUUGAAGAUGAGAAUGAAAAAGAGAACAGCGGGAUCCCACAGCAUAAAAACAAGCCAGAAGAGCCCAGAACUAUUGGACAACGUCCCUUGACUGACUGUACAGCGGGUACAGAAGAAGAAACAGGGACAGCGGAGUUCUUGAGGGAUGAUUAUACGGUGUGGAAUGUACCAAGUAGUAAUAAAACGUUAGCUCCCAGUCCAAACAACACAAGAGACUUUGCACGAGCUGCCCAGCUUGUAUCAACGCCAUUUAAUUACCUGUCAGCACAUUCGCGACAAGUUUUGGAGGACAAAGCCUGUGGGGAUGACUUGCCGCAAAUGGAUUUAGAGUUUUCUGAAGAACAGCACGAGCAGACAAAAACUAAGAAGCUAAGCCCUGCUCUUGAACACAUUGCAGAACAAGCAGAGCUUCAAGGAAAUGUCGUGAAACAAGGAAAUCGAAUUCAGGGAAUUGCUACAGCUGCUUCUCAAAGAUUACAUGAGCAGACUGCCACGAGCAGAACUGAAUAUUCCUCGUCUGUUGGGGUGGACAAAAUUUCCCAUGAAAAGCUGUCUGGAGCUGGGCAGGACAGGACAGCCCGGAGUGUUAGAGCUGCAGUCCUUGUUGAGAACCCUUGGGAUAAAGAAUUGAUUUGCAAAUUCUUAUCAGAGCUUCCUAAACCACUCCACACCUAUGCCAACUACUUCGAAUGGAAAUCUGCUCUUCCAUCCGUCAAACUGAAGGCUGUACUCCCACUGGGUUCCAGCUCGUUCCAUGUGGACUGCUUGGUUGGAGAGGGAGCUUUUGCUCAAGUCUAUCAGGCUUCCAUUCUGGAUGCAAGUAACCCAAGAAACAAUCAGAAAGUAAUAUUCAAGGUCCAGAAGCCUGCCAACCCUUGGGAGUUCUAUAUAGCAACACAACUGGUAGAAAGGCUCAAUCCAAGUACACGCCAUCUCUACAUCCACUUUUAUUCUGCUCAUUUCUUUCAAAAUGGAAGCAUUUUGGUUGGUGAGCUCUACAACUAUGGAACAUUGCUAAAUGCCAUAAACAUUUACAAAAAGCUUCCUGAAAAGGUGAUGCCUCAAGCACUUGUAAUCUACUUUGCUGUAAAAAUUCUUUAUAUGGUGGAGGAGCUCCACAGCUGCAAAAUCAUUCAUGGUGACAUUAAACCUGACAAUUUCAUACUUGGAGAAAGGUUUCUGGACAAUGAUACGUGUGACAUAGAUGGUCUCUCUCAUGGCUUGACGCUCAUUGACUUGGGCCAGAGUAUAGACAUGAAACUCUUUCCUGAAGGAACAGCAUUUACUGCAAAGUGUGAAACAUCUGGAUUUCAGUGUAUUGAAAUGCUGACGCAGAAACCGUGGAACUACCAGACAGACUACUUUGGCAUCGCAGCAACGGUCUACUGCAUGCUCUUUGGUACCUACAUGCAAGUGAAGAAUGAAAACGGUAUCUGGAAGCCUGAGGGAGCCUUCAGAAGGCUUGCCAACGCUGACGUAUGGAAAGAGUUCUUUGAGAGCAUGCUGAACAUCCCCAAUUGCCACAGCCUGCCUUCUCUAGGAGUUUUGCGCAGAAGGCUGAAGGACUUAUUUUGCAAGUCAUACGCAAAGGAAAUAAAGUUCCUUCGGAACAGACUUGUUGUGUUGCUUAUAGAACACAAACGGUCACGAAAAUAA